GCACGUGGAAACAUUUAAAACCUGUCGAUAACAGCUCGCGCUGUUUUUGUCGGCUGCUGUCCGGAGCACAUAAGUUCCGUCCGCGGUUUGCUUCUCCCGUAGCUGGGCUGCAAAACGGCGGAAAAAAUGCUGCAAGACGCCUUCGGGUGCGUCGUGGCGAACAGGUUCGGGGAUCUUCUGGACGACGAAGCUGACCCGUUCGACCUGAUCAACGAGGUGGAGCUGGAGAAGGAGAAGAAAAAGAAGAAAAAGGAGUACGAGGACAAGAAAAGCAAGCAGAAGAAACCAGGCCUGAAGGAGUCUCAGAGGAACAGACGGCUGCCGGUGGCCUCAGGUGGUCCGGACCUGGUUCCAGGGCGAAAGCAGCAGGAUUGUCCCCCAUUUGCAAAGGAGGACAGAGACUCCAGAGCCGAGGCUCCGAGGAACAAGCAGAGAGGAGGCGCUGCAGGCCAACGGAGGCUGAACAAAGUAGAACCGCAGGAGUUUUCUGUGCCAAAGCCAUGCUACACUGAAGCCUCUGACUUCAGCAGCAGAGGGGGAUUCACCGGCCAAAGAGGAGCGAGAGGAGGUGGGGGAAGAAACUCUGAUAACUUUUAUCUGAGAGGCAAGAGAGAAUAUGAUCGACAUGAUGGAACAGGGAUCUCGUCAGAAGAAAAGCGAGGAGGCAGAGGACCAUGGAACUGGGGCAGCGCUGUGGAAGCUACAAGUGAAAUGAUGGAGGUGACAAGUGAUGCUGGUGCCAAAGCUGAGGAGCCACAAUCAACUUUGGAGGAGAAUCCAACUCGAGCGACAGAUGAGGACAAUGAGAUGGUGGUCCAGGUUGCAAUGGAGAUGACCCUGGAUGAGUGGAAGGCCAUGCAGGAGGUGAACCGUCCCAAAGUGGAGUUUAAUAUCCGCAAAGCAGAGGAUAAGAUUCCCUCUAAAGCGAAGGUCAUUCACCAGUCCAAGCACCUGGAGAACACAAAGGAGACGGUAGAGGAGAUUGAGGAAGAUGGAAACUUCUUUCGCAGGUCAGUGAAUGACAUCACCACUCUCUUGGACAUAAACUUCGGGACUCUUGGACGCUCGAGUCGUGGCGGCCGAGGAAGAGGAGCUCGAGGUGGUCAGAGCGUUCGCCCAGAAAGAGCCAGACCCAUUUAUGAAAGGGAGGAUGAGAUGGCGCCUGAUCCUGAUGACCCAGAAGACUUCCCAGCCCUCACUGCAGGAAAAUGACUGACUUGUCGCCUUCAACUAAACUGUUGACGUUUCUAUUCUUAAUGUUCUGUUGCACUUGCAACACUGUUCAAUAAAAGCUUUUGCAAAGUUA